UCUGGUCCUGGAGGAGUGAGGAACACUCACUGUCAACACAACUAGUUUCGGACACGAGGAGAGAGAAAAAAGAGAGGCAGACAGCAGGGAGCUCCAGAGUCGAAUAAAAAUGCAAGAUCCGGCGAACCCGAAACCGGAUCCGAGCUCUAGCUCUCAGGCCUCUCAGAGGCCACGCAUGACGACGCCGUUUCCGGACCCAAGUCCCAGCCUUUCGUUCCGGGGCUCCUACCACCGUCGAGCCCAAUCCGAAGUCCAAUUCCGGAUCCCCGACGACCUGGAUCUGCUCCAGGACCCGUUCGACGGCCCAUCCGGCAGCUUCGAGGAGCUGGGCGGCUCCGAGGACGACCUCUUCUGCACCUACAUGGACAUCGAGAAGCUCGGAUCCAAGCUCGACGAUGGACCCUCCGACCCAAAACUCGAGAAUCCCGGAGGCUCCACGGAGACAGGUGUCGAGCUUGGUGGAGAGAUGAGUGCGAGGCCAAGGCACCGGCAUAGCAACUCGGUUGACGCGUCUUUGGACAGCAUAGAGGCCAAGAAGGCCAUGGCUCCUGAUAAGCUCGCCGAGCUCUGGACUGUCGACCCAAAACGAGCUAAGAGGAUUUUGGCAAAUCGGCAGUCUGCUGCUCGGUCAAAAGAGAGGAAGGCCCGGUACAUCUCAGAACUUGAAAGAAAAGUUCAGACCCUACAAACAGAAGCUACUACCCUAUCUGCACAACUCACUCUGUUCCAGAGAGAUACAACAGGCUUAUCUACUGAGAACUCAGAGCUUAAGCUUCGGGUGCAAGCUAUGGAACAACAAGCUCAGUUACGUGAUGCUCUCAAUGAUGCACUGAAGAAAGAACUUGAGAGGCUCAAGAUUGCAACCGGGGAAGUACUAACACACACUGAUUCAUACAACAUGGGAAUGCACCAAAUUCCAUAUUCGCAAUCCCCCUUCUUUCCCAGUCAGUCACAAGCGGGGCAGCGUGAUUCCCAGAACAUUCACAUGCCACAGUUUCAUCCUUUCCAGCCAAAUAUGUCAGCUCCCCAUCAGCCUAUGCUUUCUGCAGCCCAGUCACAUGCGUGCUCAGAUAUGUUGCAGCAGGAUUCGAUUGGCCGAUUUCAGGGGCUUGACAUCAGUAACAGAGGUUCUCAUCUAGUGAGGCCUGAAGGGCCUUCCAUAUCUGCUGGUGAAAGCAACAGGAGAUUUUGAAUGCUGAUCUACCCCAGGUCCACCUUAUUUAUUGGAUUGUUCAUAGACUGACCUCAACCAAAGGUAUGGUUUAAACUCGUUUAUUGGACUUUGAUUCUUUGAAUUGAUUGCUCCCAAAAUUUUUGGUAGCUGCUUUAGGUCUUAAGCUGUUCAUGAAUGCUUAUUCAGUUCCUAAUUGAUUCCUUGGGGUUGCUCAUGUGAGAAUAGAGCAUUGUAAGAGAUGCAACUUUUCAUGCCUGGGACCCCCCUAUCCCUUCCUUUGUGUUCUGUUCAUUUGUAACCCUUGAAAAUGUCAUACUGUGGAAAUCGGUGUUGUUAUGUUCAUAUUGUGGUUUUGACUUUUAUGUAGUGGAUUGACUC